AUGGCUACCCCCAUCUCCUGGGCCCAGGAGGUCAUCACGUGUGACCUUUGUGACAACCCCACCAAACAAUUCUGUAAUAACUGCCAAGUCAAUUUAUGUGAAGAAUGUAUCAACAAACACGUUAAGAAACAAGAGUCUUUAAAUCAUGAUAUUGUUCCCUUCAAGAACAGAAAGAUACGGCUUGUUUUUCCAAAGUGUGAAUUUCACCCCCAUCAGAGAUGUGAAGCCCACUGUCAACGGUGUGAUAUACCUGUGUGCAUAAAAUGCGUCAUCACUUCCCAUAAUGGACACAACGUAAAAGACAUACCAAGGAUCUUUAAUAACAGAAAACGGGAAAUCCAGAAAGAAAAUCACGAAAUUGAAUCCUCUAUUAUUCCAAAAUAUAAGAAGCAAAAUGAAGAUGCAGAAAAACACAUAACUAAAUCUAUGGAAAAAAUUGAUGAGAUGGAAAAAGAAAUAGAGAAACACAUAAACGUUUGGCAUCAAGAAAAUUUGAUAAAAAAAGUUCAGGAAAACAAGAAAAUGCUGAAGUCUAACAAAGUGUCUGAAGUCACAAAUUACAAAUCGAAGGUAAAGGAGUACAGAAACAUUCCUGCAGACAUUUAUGUGUCAAUUCCUACAUUGAAAACAAAUACAGUCCAAGGGAAAGAACUAAGUAUAGAGCUAGGUGAAUGCAAGGCUACACUGUCACAGACAUCACUCUCCAACCUGACAGAAGAAGUCUCCUAUUUAUCCAUGAAAGAGUUUGUAGACAAAGUCAGAGUUAUUGCCACUAUUCCCACUGGUGCUGAAUCUCCAUUAGUGGUAUGUGUUGGGGCUGAUAAAGCUUGGGUUACUGGAAAAUACAAUACUUUAACAUGUGUUGACAUUCAUGGGUCUGUACAUGAGACUAUUACCACAACAUGUCUAGAUUCUCCCAAUGAUAUCUCUGUAACCAGACAAGGAGAACUGAUGUACAGUGAUAACAAGGAGAACUGA